CAAAUUCACUCAUCCUCCUACAGCAAAGCUCGAGCAUAGCAACAGCACUAAAGCUAACUAGAGCUUCCAGCAAUGGCGACCUCCCCGGUGCUCUUCCUCCUCCUCGCUGUUUUCGCCGCCGGUGCCAGCGCGGCCACCUUCAACAUCAAGAACAACUGCGGCUCCACAAUUUGGCCGGCGGGCAUCCCGGUGGGUGGGGGCUUCGCGCUGGGCGCAGGCCAGACGUCCAGCAUCAACGUGCCCGCGGGCACCAAAGCCGGGAGGAUAUGGGCUCGCACCGGGUGCUCCUUCAAUGGCGGCAGCGGGAGCUGCCAGACCGGGGACUGCGGCGGCCAGCUGUCCUGCUCCCUCUCCGGGCGGCCACCAGCAACGCUGGCCGAGUACACCAUCGGCGGCGGCAGCACCCAGGACUUCUACGACAUCUCGGUGAUCGACGGCUUCAACCUUGCCAUGGACUUCUCGUGCAGCACCGGCGACGCGCUCCAGUGCAGGGACCCCAGCUGCCCGCCGCCGCAAGCCUACCAACACCCCGACGACCGCGCCACACACGCCUGCAAUGGCAACAGUAACUACCAGAUCACCUUCUGCCCAUGAAGCCUCUUUACGUCGCACCGCGAAUCAAUAAAAGGCGUACGUAGAUAUACGGCCAUAUAAUAAAAGGUGUACUGCUUAAUACAUCACAUUGUCAUUGAUAUUUGUGUACACAGUACAGGGCAAUAAAAAAUUACCUAUCUACCUAGAUUGGACA